AUGGCAAAAUCAAAGAAGAAACAACAAAACAACCAACAACAACAACAACAACAACAACAGCAACAACAACAACAACAACAACAGCAACAACAACAGCAACAACAACAACAACAACAACAAUUAAAUCAGAAUUUCAACUCUUCGCCUAUACUAACUACAGAUAUUGUUGAUGGGAUUGGAUCACCAUUGACAAUACCGAAAAAGUUUUCAGAAAAAGAGCAAAAGCAUUAUCAAAGAAAACUUCAUCAACUUCAACAGCAACAAAUAGAGCACCAAAAAAAGAUGCAAAUAUCGAGACAACAGGUACAACUACCAACUAUUAGUGUAGAUAAACAUUCGAUUGAUCAAAGUUUUUUAAAUUUAAAUUUAGAAUCUUUAAAAACAUCACAUUUAUUAUUUAAUGGCGGUCCAACAUCAGGAAAUUCAAGCAAUUCAAGUAGUUUGCAUAAUAGUAAUGAAAACCAUGUAUAUUUAGAUAAGGAUAGACCAUCAAACUACACAGAAGAUACUGAAAACGGUAUUACCCUAUGCGAUAAUAGUACCGAGCUAACUGAACAUUCAUUUGAUAGUCUUGAAUGCGAAGCAGAUUAUGAUGAUGAUGACAUGUCCUCGUUUAUAGAAGAUCCAUUAAAGUAUACUUCAUUUAUGGGCGAUUUACCUUUGGGUGCUUUAUAUGCUUUUAGAAACGGAAAUAAUGAAUUUUAUAAAGAAAGAUUCAAAAGUGCAAUAGAGUAUUAUAAUGCCGCAAUUUCAUUAUCAACUUCAAACAAUCCAAUCUUCCUUGUUAUAGUAUUAAUAAAUAGAUCAAUUACAAAAUUAAAAUUACAUGAAUAUAAAAAAUCGAUUUUAGAUAGCACUUUGGCAAUUUCAAUUCAACCCAAUUGUAUUAAAGCUUAUAUUUGUAGAUCAUUUGGUUACUUUUUCUCAAAAGAUUUUAAGAAGGCAUUUGCAGAUCAUCUAAUUGCAACCAAUUUAGCUCCUCCUAAUUUAUCAUUACAAAGGGUAAUGAGAUAUGCCCAUGGUUCUUUAUUUAUGUUUAAUACUGAUUUUUUUGACUAUCCAUUAAAUAAUUUAGCAAAAAUUAAAAGUAUACAGUUGGAAUGGCUAAGUGAUUUUAAUUUAUUAUCCAUUGAGGAAGAGCCUUCAAGAAUACAUUUAUUAGCAAAAUAUAUGAAAAAUCAAUCAAAUUCAAAUAAUUCACAACCAACACCAAAACCUCCCUCAGCAACACCCACAUCCCAGCAACAAAACCAACAGCAUCAGCAUCAGCAUCAGCAUCAACAUCAGCAUCAGCAACAACAUCAGCAUCAGCAACAACUACCACAGAAUCACCCGUUAUAUAAACAAUUAACGCCUACAUUAAUAGCUGCUAAAGAGCCCCCUAAAUAUCAAAACACAACACCACCCCCAUUAAUACCGGCUGGUGAGUUUAAUUAUGGAACAACUUGGUCUGAUUCAGAAGAAUAUUAUUCACUUAUCAAAUCAUCAAGUAGUGAAAAUUGGGCAGCAAAAGAAAAACUAAUGGGUAAUCAAAAUUUCCAAGAGAAAAAGUAUCAAUCUGCACUUGCACAUUAUUCAAAAGCUAUUAAGCUAAACCCAGAUGACCCAAUUUAUUAUUCAAAUAGGGGUAUUGUAUAUUAUAAAUUAAAUAGAUUUUUUGAAGCAAUAACAGAUUUUUCAAUAUCUAUAGAUAAGCAACCAAAACAAUUUAAAGUAUAUCUAAGAAGAGCAUCAUCAUAUGCAGCUAUUGGAGAUUAUACAAACGCAAUUAGAGAUUUUAAAGCAGGUUUAAAAUAUGAACCAGAAAGUAUAGAUUUAUUAGAAGGUUUAUAUAAAUCAUUAAAAUGUAUAGAACUCGAUUUAAAAAGAAGAAUUACUGCAAAUCCACAAUCAAAUUCAUCACUGGAGGUAUCAUUAAAAUCAGUAUCAUUCGAAAUUUCUUGUUUAGCUCUAAAAUUAAAUUUCACAAAAAAUCCAUCACCAUCAUUAGAAUCAGCCAAUCAAUCUGGUGAUUCAAAUAUUCCUCCUCCUCCUCCUCCAAUUCCAUCGCCCCUAUCUUCAACAAACUCACCAUUUUUAUCUGCAAACAAUAUAGCUCCACCACCUACCAUUUCUAAACAACACCAACAACAAUUAAAUAGUUUACAACAACAGCUACAGCAACAUUUACAAGAAGAAAAAGAAAGAGAAAGAGAGAAAUUCGAAAAAGUCCAAAAGAUCGGUAUAAUUGAAAAUCAGAAAAAAGAAAAAGAAAAGAAACGAAACUUAAUACCAUUACAACCACACCCAUCGCCAUCACAAUCUCCACAUCCAUCGCCAUCACAAUCUCCACACCCAUCGCCAUCACAAUCGUCCUCAGAAUCACAAUCGCCAUCAGAAUCGCCAUCACAAUCUCCACAACCAUCGCCACAACCAUCACCACCACAAUCACCACCACAAUCACCACAAUCAUCACCACCACAAUCACCACAUUCAUCACCACCACAAUCACCACAGCUAUCACAACCAGCACAACCAGCACAACCACCAUUAGAACCUUUAUCACAACCUGUAAAUAAUACAAAUACAAAUUCAAAUACCAAUACCAAUACAAAUACAAAUGAAAAUAUAAAUCCAAAUAAUAAUAUGAAUAAUAACAAUACUAAUAAUGAUGAUAUGAAUAAUAAAACCAAUAGCAACAACAACGCUGGUAAUUUAGAAAAUAUCAAUAAUAAGUCUGAUCCUCAAAUAAAAACAUCAAUUAACCAAACAGAAAAACCUUGUGCAAUAUUUAGACCAAUUUCCCAAGAAAAAAAAGAAAAAGUCUUAUCACUUAUUUCAUUUUUAACAGAUCUAAUCAAUUAUCAAACUGGUGAUCCAUCAUUAAUACUAUUUUCAAGAGCAGAGGCUUAUUCUCAAUUAAAUAAUUAUGAAUUAGCAAAUAAAGAUUUUGAAGCAGCCAAUAUUUUAAAUCCUUCAAAUAAAGAUAUUGUUAAACGUCACCAAAGAUUAAAACAACUACAAGACAAUCCAAAAGAAACACUUUAA